UAAGACAAAGUUAUUAUAUUUGAGUUAUAUAUGAACACAUAUAUAUACACUUAUCAAUAAUACCAAUAACUAUUUUAAUUAUUAUUAUUUUGUUGUGGAUAUGAACGUAUAUAGAUAAAUUAUUGCGUAAAGUAAUAAAACUUGUCAUAAAAAAUCAUUUAAGUUCGAAAUAUGUCAGUUUUUUUUUAGUUAAUUAUACUUUAUUUAUUUGUUAAUAAGUAAGAAGAAAAACAAAUAAAAAUUAUGUGGGUUUUUGGUUAUGGAUCAUUGAUAUGGAAAGUUGAUUUUCCGUAUGAAAGGAAACUAGUUGGUUAUAUCAAAGGUUAUAUCAGAAGAUUUUAUCAAAAAAGUACAGACCAUCGAGGAGUACCAUCAAAACCAGGACGUGUUGUCACUCUACUGGAAUCAAACAAUCCAGACGACCAAGUUUGGGGAGUUGCUUAUCAUAUAGCAAAUGAAAAUAUCGACAGUGUUGUGAAUCAUUUGGAUUUCCGUGAAAAAGGCGGCUAUGAAAGAAAAACAGUACUUUUUUACCCAUGUAAUCCAGUUAAAAAAGAACAAUUUAAUUUAAUUGAUACAUCAGAGGAUACCAAUGAUUUGAAUACCGAUGACAAUAAUUCAGUAAAAUCUGAAUUUAUUUCUCCAAAAGAAAGUCAAGUGGAAAAACCGUUUUAUUUGACAAUUUAUAUUGGCAAUGAAGACAAUCCAAACUUUGCUGGUGCUGAAAAUAUUGAAACGAUUGCUAGUCAUAUUAUAAGUUCUCAUGGUCCAAGUGGUGCCAAUACCGAGUAUCUUUAUAAACUUGCAUCUGCUAUGAAAAUGAUAGCACCUGGUGUUAUUGAUGAUCAUUUAUUUUCACUGGAGACUGCUGUUAGACAAUUAGAUGACGAGAAAAAUAAUGAUUUAUGAAAAUUUUUGUUUUUUUUUUAGUUUAUUCAUUUUAGUUAUCAAAAUUAUGAUUGAAAAAUUUUAUUCUAGCCAUGAAUUAAUUAAACGUUUAUAUUAAGAUUUAUUUCCAAAAUUAUUGUUAAUUAAAUUAAUUAAUAUACAUUAGGGUGGUUUUUAAAAGGGUGGUCUUUUAAUUUACAAGAUCCAUUUUUCAAUCGGUGUCAAAUUCAAAGAAAAAAAUUUUCCAGUAAAAUACGAGUGUGAAUGUAUCAGACAUCAGACAAAUAUAAAAUUAUAUGUAAUAAGAAUCAGGUGAAAAGACCAUCAAUAAAUUUUAACGCAUUUAUUCGUUAUACGAAUUUAAAAUUAUAAAUAAGUAGAGUAAAUAAUUAAAAAAAUAAUAUUCAUAAAAAAUGCACUUAUUCAUUUUAAAAAUUUUUAAAUACGCAUUUUUUAAAAAUUUUAUUUUAUUAAUUAUUUACACUAUUUAUUAUUAAUUUUAAAUUUGUCUGAUGCUACAUUCACACUCAUAGUAAAAUUUGAGUUCUUAAUUUUUCAUAUGAGAACACGGGCCGCAGAAUUUGAAAAGAAAUUUUUUUUGAAUGUCUAUUCACUUAAGAAAAUUUUAAGUGCUCUAAUUAGACUAGCGUUGCUCUGUCUGAAUUUUAAUUUAAAGUCAUCCUAAAUAAAUAUGUAAGUGAUUGUCCUAACGUUACUUGACUGUCCUCUUUUUUUUUUUUUUUUUUUACCAACUUUUAGUUGAAAAAUCAACAAAUAAAUUAUUUACUCAUUUAAUCAUAAUUACUUUGAUGUCAUUUGAAAUUAUAAUCCUGAAGUUAGCAGGCAACUAACAAUUUUCGGAUUUUUUUUCAACAAAUAAAUUACGAAAAAAAAGAACUAAAAAUAUACGCAUGUAGAAAGUUUUUAAAUCUUCAGGUGUAAUUUUUCAAAUAUUUUUUUUUUUUGACAAUGUAUCGGUUUUUAAAAAAUUCAAAAAUUAUUAGACGUCGGCUAACUUCGGUAUCAUUUGAAAGUCUAAUAAGUAUCUAAAUUUUUUUUCCCAUAGUUAAAGACAAAUUAAAAUUAUUAAUUAGAAAAAAGUUAAACUUAUUUUUGACGUAUAAUUAAAUUUAAAAAUCAGACACUGACAUAUUAAUUAAAUAGAUAAGUUUACAGUACUUAAAAUUUAUCAGGUAUACAGUAAACAGAAUACAAAGUUAAAACUCUCGAGAAAUUUUUUUUUCUGUAUUUUAAACCGAUUGAGAAUUAAAAAAAUUUUGAAAUCAUUUUUUAAUGACCACUCUAAUAUAUAUACAUAUAUUUAUAUUUAUAUUAACAUAUAUUAAAUUUUGUAUUAAACAAAUAUAAGAUGUAUAAAUUUUGUUAA